UUUUUGUUUUCUUGUCACAAUUCACAAAUUACAAAUCCGAUUCCCUUUUCUGGUUCCUGUUCUACGAAACCAAAACAACACCGUUUAUCUUUUUCUAAUUGUUGACCCGAAAGGAAAAAUUGAAAAAAGAAUCAUACCAACCAGAAUGUUAACAUGUGCAGAACGAAACAGUCGCUGUGUUGUCUCAAAUUUAAUAUAAGUCUGACAACUUGGGUUCUCACACUUGCUCGAAAAAAACUCCAGAAAAAAAAUGAAGAAAAACGUUGUUUUUUUCCAACCCCAUUGACCAAAAACGUGACUCGCACAAAUUCUCUAGAGGGAAUUAAAGAAAGGAGCUUCUUUUCUUUAUUUGUGUUGAAAUUGGAUUCAUCUAUUAAUUUGGGUGGUCCCCUUCCACUGUGUGAAUCUUUUGCUGAAUUUGCUCCUUCUGGGGUGGCUUCAUUUUCAUUCCUGUGUAUGAGGUUUCUCUGUUUUGGAUAAUUUCUUUGGCUUCAGAUCUGGGAAAGGUUUUGGUGUCAAGGUGAUGAAUUGGUAAAGUAUUUUGUAGUGUAGAGGAUUUGUAUAGUAUGGCAAGAGACUUGUUAGAUUUGGUAAAUGUGAAGAAACGGCGAUGCUCUUGGUCACUUGUAGCAACAAUUGCUUCGGUUUUGGCUUUGGUUUCUGUUGUGCAUCUGUUCUUGUUCCCUUUGACCCCUUCUUUCAAUUACUUUAAGCUUGCUCAAGAUUCUUGCAUCCCACCAACCAAUGCAUCGGCUGAAUUUCCGAUCAACCUUGAGAAGGAAGAGCCGGUUAUUGAUCUGAAGCAUCAGUUCCCAGCUGAUUUGCAUGAAGCUGUUGUUUAUCGAGGGGCACCAUGGAAGGCUGAGAUUGGCCGGUGGCUUGCAGGGUGCGAUUCUGUAAAAAGGGAGGUCAACAUUACUGAGAUUAUAGGUGGCAAUAACUGCAAAAAUGAUUGCAGUGGCUUGGGCGUUUGUAAUCGAGAAUUGGGACAAUGUCGAUGCUUUCACGGUUAUACUGGAGAAGAAUGCACUGAGAAAAUGGAAUUGGAAUGUAACUACCCAGGAUCACAAGAGGCCCCGUUUGGUCGAUGGGUUGUCUCAAUUUGCCCAGCCAACUGUGACAAAACAAGAGCAAUGUGCUUCUGUGGUGAAGGCACAAAAUACCCAAAUCGACCACUGGCAGAAACAUGCGGAUUUCAAUUUAAUCCACCUUCUGAACCCGAUGGUCCCAAAAUAGUGGAUUGGGCCAAAGUAGACCAAGAUGUGUUCUCAACUAACAGUAGCGUACGCGGUUGGUGUAAUGUGGACCCAGCAGAAUUCUAUGCUGGCAAGGCGAAAAUCAAAGGAGAAUGUGACUGCAAAUAUGAUGGUCUUUGGGGCACACUAUGCGAGACGGCUGUGGAAUCUGUUUGCAUCAAUCAGUGCUCUGGACAUGGCCACUGUCGGGGUGGCUUUUGUCAGUGUAACAAUGGGUGGUAUGGAGUAGAUUGCAGUGUGCCAUCUGUGAUAUCUUCUAUACGAGAUUGGCCGAGUUGGCUUCAACCUGCUAAGAUUGAAAUUCCUGAUGAUCUUCAUGUUAAUGGAAAAAUUGUCAAUCUCAACACAAAGGUGGCAAAGAAAAGGCCUCUUAUAUAUGUUUAUGAUUUGCCCCCCGAGUUCAACAGCCUCCUCCUUGAGGGACGCCAUUUUAAGUUAGAGUGUGUUAAUAGAAUUUAUAAUGACCAUAAUCAAACAAUAUGGACAGAGCAACUGUAUGGUUCCCAGAUAGCACUUUACGAGAGCAUCUUAGCUAGUCCUCACCGAACAUUAAAUGGCGAAGAAGCCGAUUUUUUCUUUGUUCCUGUUCUUGAUUCAUGUAUCAUAACUCGUGCCGAUGACGCUCCUCACUUGAGUAUGCAGGAUCAUUUGGGAUUGAGAAGCUCUCUCACGUUGGAAUAUUAUAAGAAUGCAUAUAAACACAUUGUUGAGCAAUACUCGUAUUGGAAUCGCUCAUCAGGAAGGGAUCAUAUCUGGUUUUUUUCAUGGGAUGAAGGUGCUUGCUAUGCCCCUAAGGAGAUAUGGAACAGCAUGAUGUUAGUUCAUUGGGGAAACACAAACUCAAAACAUAACCAUUCAACCACGGCCUAUUGGGCUGACAACUGGGAUAAUAUUUCUUCCGAACGAAGAGGCAUCCAUCCAUGUUUUGACCCCGACAAAGAUCUUGUGCUACCUGCAUGGAAAGUUCCGGAUGCUAAUGUGUUGACUGCAAAACUUUGGGAUUGGCCCCGCGAGAAGCGCAAGACGUUGUUCUACUUCAACGGUAAUCUAGGUCCAGCUUAUGCUCAUGGAAGACCAGAAGAUUCGUAUAGCAUGGGUAUACGACAGAAACUUGCUAAAGAAUUUGGAUCAAGUCCUAACAAGGAUGGAAAGCUUGGAAAACAGCAUGCCGAUGACGUCAUUGUGACCCCGUUGCGUUCUGAGAACUAUCAUGCUGAUCUAGCAACUUCUGUUUUCUGCGGCGUGCUGCCUGGUGACGGUUGGAGCGGUCGCAUGGAGGACAGUAUCUUGCAAGGGUGCAUUCCUGUGGUCAUUCAGGAUGGAAUUUUCCUGCCAUAUGAGAAUAUGCUCAACUAUGACAGCUUCGCAGUUCGGUUACCUGAAGAUGAAAUUCCUAACUUGAUAAAGCUUCUUCGGGGAUUCAAUGACACAGAAAUCGAAUUCAAGCUGGCAAAUGUUCAGAAAAUCUGGCAAAGAUUCGUGUACCGUGAUGCUGUUAUGCUCGAAGCUGAAAGGCAAAAAGCUGCUUUCGGACACGUUGAUGAUUGGGCCAUCGAAUUUGUAAAAUUGACAGAAGAUGAUGCCUUAGCCACCUUCAUACAGGUUUUGCAUUACAAGUUACACAAUGACCCAUGGAGGAAACAAGUUCUCCAUGAAAAGGAAUUUGGAUUACCUAAGCAGUGUCUUGCAAGCACAAACUGAGGAUCUUGACUAAUGUGAGAAGGUUAUUUGAAACGAUUAAAUGGAUGAAGAUACUAAGGAGGCAAGUCUCCAAUAGAAGUAUACAGUAUAUCAUUCAACAAAGGGUGGACGUAUGUGAUUCUUUUAACCACUUUCAACAUAAAUGCAUGCACGUAAAAGUGCAUUUAGCAAUCCGUGUUAAUGUAAAUUAUCAUCAAUGAAUAAAUUUUGGUAAAUAAUAAUUGCUACGUUAUUUUGGUAUUCUAUU